UCAUCUGACUAGAUAAACUCUUGCAAAACAGAGACAUUCCUUGCUUCGUGGUAUGCUCUGUUCUCUUUGUAGGGUUGUCAAGAACAAAGUCAUAACCUUUUGUGGAAUUUCACCCUCCUCCAUUGUUAUGUGGAAGCUAGCUUCAAGAUCCAUCAAAGAAGGCUUUACAUCAAAAGGAGAAGAUGCUGUCACAGAACAGAGAACGAAGGAAGAAAGACUGGAGUGUCCCAUUUGCUGGGAACCAUUCAACGUAUUUGAGAAUGUUCCUUACGUCUUAUGGUGUGGUCAUACCAUCUGCAAAGAGUGUCUCUUAGCUUUCCACCGUGCCGUUGUGAUCAAAACCUCAGGUUUUCCUCUCCACCUCCCCUUCUUCGUUACUUGCCCAUGGUGCAAUAUGCUCUCUUUAAGGCUAGUACGUAAUGGAACCAUCAAGUUUCCUUCCAAGAACUAUUACCUUCUAUGGAUGGUCGAAACCAUGAACUGCUCUCGCAGUGACAGCAGAAGGGUCACUUCAGGGGAGAGAGAUACGAAAGAGAGGUGUGAUGGAGUGAGUAACACCGCUUCGGAUGUGACCAGAGGAUACUUGAGAACUGGGAGAUCGCUUCAUGGCUAUAUAUCAAUGAGAUUCUGUGAAGAAAGAAGAAAGAUUUACAUUUCUCUGUAACCUGGUGAAGACAAACCGUUGAAGAGCUUGGCUUUACCAUAUCUUAACCAACAUAGCCAGAACUUCCUUCAUGUUUGGUCUUGAUUGAGGACGAUCCACGGUAUACUACACAUCGACCUUUAGUAGCUCAAUCAUUCUGAGCUCCAUACCCUGGUGAUUGGUGAGCCUUUGGCUGUCACGUUUCUUGUCAUUACUCAUCUCUCUCAUUCUACCAUACACUCUUUUAUCCAUCAUCAACAGCUCUUCUACCUGUCGCUUGUUCCAUUGUCAUUACACUGUAGCUGUAGACAUCUCCUCUUGUGGUGGCCUGCCAAGUUUGUCAAGAGCUGCAUACCCGAACAAGAUUUAUAAAAGUCAUCCGGAAGGACAUUGCUGUCAGAGUUCAUAGUUGCAGAUUAAUGGAUGUUAUAUAUUUCUCUGUUUCUAGAUUAUAUAAACAGCAUGUGCUUUGUUUUAAGUCAAGUUGUAUAAACAGAUGAGGAGAUUUUUAAUCCAUUAAGCUGCACAAUUUUAUAAUUAAAAUUUUAGGACUAUCUUCUUUCA